UUGGACGAUCAGUUGGUCGACCAGUUGGACGAUCAGUUGGACGAUCAGUUGGUCGAUCAGUUGGACGAUCAGUUGGUCGACCAGUUGGACGAUCAGUUGGUCGAUCAGUUGGUCGAUCAGUUGGUCGAUCAGUUGGUCGAUCAGUUGGACGAUCAGUUAGUCUACCAGUUGGUCGACCAGUUGGUCGACCAGUUGGUCGAUCAGUUGGUCGAUCAGUUGGUCGAUCAGUUGGUCGACCAGUUGGACGAUCAGUUGGUCGAUCAGUUGGUCGAUCAGUUGGACGAUCAGUUGGACGAUCUGUUGGACGAUCAGUUGGUCGACCAGUUGGUCGAUCAGUUGGACGAUCAGUUGCCCAACCAGUUGCCCAACCAGUUGCCCGACUAG